AUGUCCAUCAACAAUUAUCCUCAUACUCCAAAAAGCGCCUCCUACGAUGUCAUCAUCAUUGGUGGCGCUACAAGCGGCUCAUCUAUUGCCUGGUUCUUGAGCUCAAACCCCGACUUCAACGGCCGUAUCCUCGUCGUGGAGCGAGACCCUUCUCUCCAGUUCUCCGCAACCAAGGCUAGCAACAACUGCAUUCGUCAACAGUUUGCGACCUCGAUCAACGUCAAGAUCGCACAAUACGGGGCCUCUUUCAUCAAGGACUUUCACAAAAACCUGGACAACGACCCGAACGUGCCCAACAUCCCGAUCCGCAACUUCGGCUACCUAUACCUUGCCGACAACCAAGCCUUUGCCAAAGUAUUGGAAGAGGACCGCGAUUUGCAGGCGUCGUGUGGAGCCGGCACACGCAUCGUCUCUCGCAGCGAGAUCGCCAAGAAAUAUCCGUUCUACCAUCUCGAAGACGUUGUCUGUGGCAGCCUCAACACCGUAGAUGAAGGCGCGUUUGAUGCACUCGGCAUGGUGGAGUGGCUACGACAGAAAGCCACUGCUCGAGGCGUUGAAUACGUGCACAGCGAGGUAGUCGCCGUCGGUAGAGCUGGCGAUGAAAUCAAAACAGUCACUCUGAAGACCGGAGAAACCAUUGCAGUUGGGAGGGUUGUCAAUGCGAGUGGCACUCGUGCUGGCCAAGUGGCUUCCAUGGCGGGUGUCAACCUGCCCAUCGAAGCGCGCCGGCGCUACACAUACAUCUUCGAGGUGGAUCAGCCGCUCGAUCAAGAUCUGCCGCUGACGAUAGACCCAACUGGCGUACAUCUUCGCUCAUUCGGCGAGAAAGACUACCUUGUAGGCUGCCCGCCCAUUGGACCCGACAUCGCUGUCGAUGUCGACGAUUUCGGUUACCCGGAGGAUGUUUGGAACGAGAAGAUCUUUCCGGUCCUUGCCAAGCGCGUGCCACAAUUUUCCACGGCCAGAAUCACUCAAUCGUGGGUCGGCCACUACGAGUUCAACACAUUUGACCACAAUGCCAUCAUCGGUCCUCACACGGAAGUGAAGAAUUUGCUUUUCUGCUGUGGGUUCUCCGGACAUGGGAGCCAACAGGCACCGGCUUGUGGGAGAGCGCUUGCGGAACUUAUUGUCUACGGAGCCUUCCGUACCCUUGAUCUCUCGGACCUGCUCUACAACAGAAUUCCGUCUGGACGGCCCAUUCUGGAACGGGCCGUUAUCUAA